AUGAUGCGACGCGUGCUUCGUGCCAGGGUGUUGCAUCUUCCCGGGACAUCAAGGCGUGCUGCGGGCUCCUUCAUGGCCGCGGGCGGCACUGGAGGGUCCCGCCGUCAGAAUCGAGAGCGCACGCUGGCGACGAAGUCAUCCGAAUUUCAUGUCGGCGAUCGUGUGCCGAAGCGGGAGAUGCCUCGGGCUCCAUCGGGUGGUGACGCCCGAAGGAAUUCCUCUGGGGCGCUGGAGCAGACAGGGGUGCUUUUCCCGGACGCCCAGGGGCAUGAGUUGGACGAGGUGGAGGUUGCGGAUGAACACGCACCUCCCAGCAUAGAGAGUAGGCAGCAGCAGUACCAGCAGCAAGAGUAUGACGACGACGAUGAAGAGGAAGUGCAUGCACCUCCAAAUCUAAAGAGAAGGUAUGAUCCUUACGUUCGACCGAAGCGCGAACCCGUGGUGCUCACAAGCUGCUUUGCCAAUCGCGUUGCGGCGGGGAGGAGCAAUGGUGAAGAAGACGGCAUGGAGGAUGACGUGACCAGGAUCUACAGCCAUGAUGAGGUAGAGGUGGAGAAUAGGCGGAAUGCCGAGACCCGUUCUGCCAGACGCGAGUCUGAUGUUGUCGCAAAUGCGUCCCAUCGGAAGUCGGCAGUGGCGCUGACGAACGAUGAUGGGGAUGACAACGUGGAGGAUGACGUGGCAGACAUCUACACGAGUUCCACACGCUCCAAAGACCCUCGCAACGUGGCUACUAUGACCAGUGCACGUUUUCUCGGCAAUGAAGAGUCUGACGGGCCCGUGACAGUGGAGGAACACGACGACAAAGAGGUGCAAGAAAUAGAGUGUAGAAUGGGGAAUGAGGCUGGUGUGGAAGAUGAGGAGGCGAUUGAAGGCGUGGAAGGGAAAGAUGAGUUCAAAAAUGUGAGAAGUCAUCCGUUUUUUGCAGAUCUUCUUCGUCGAAUGGAGAAGAAUGCGACACGUCAACGCCAGCAAAUCAAAUCCGUUGGUCGCUACAACUUGGAGGCUGUCAAUAGGUGUCUUCGACCUCUGCUUCAACUCACGGAUUACCCUUUGACCAUUCGCCAACUGCAUCAUCUGGCACCGUUCCUCUACUCGAACCUUGUGCGGCGUUCCCUCCCCGACUUGAAGGCGUGCCGCCGUCUUCACGUUUAUCGCUCGGCCGAAACGGACGUCAUUCUCGACUGGUCAGUGGAGGAUUUUCUUCGACGACGCUACGAAAGCAUUCACCUCUCGUGGGAGCCCGUAAAGAUUGUCAUGAUGCGCUUCGGCUGGAACCAGGAUGUGAUGACGGAUCGUGACUGUCUGUUGUACUUUGCAAAAUUUCGAGACUACAUCGAACUGGCGGAGUUGGAGCUGAGCGCGGGGGAUGAGAAGCCAAGGGCUCUGCCAAUUGACGACGCUGAGCGAACGGCGGAGCAGCGGCCCAUCCCACUCUCUAAACUGCUCAUACGCCGCAAGGCAACGGAGGACACGGAGCCGUCCGUGACGGAGGCGAUUCGGCUCAUGGGGGCCCCCGCCUUGUCGAAGCCCGCCAAGUCGAGAAGGGCCCACGUGUCUGAAAAGGACAGCGUGGAGGGCGCAUUUGAGCGCAUCCAGCGCGAGGCGUCAAGUGUAGACGGUGAUGAGAAGGCAAGACUGCAACACGCCAUUGACGCCGCUCCUUCCUUGCGUCAGGCCAGUCACCCCUCUGGCCGCUGCGUGAAGGAGUUUUCACUUGGGAAGGGAAAGAGUACGGUGAUUGCUGGAGAACCGUCGGCUACCUCUGUGGGGCUUGAACGUCAUCCCUUUGAUGGAGGUCGCCGUGCGUACACUCCCGAGUCCUACGAGGCUCUUACCAAUGCAUACCACAAGAAGAAGGUGGAGGCGUCACAGAUACGCCGUCGACUUUUGAACACAGAUAGCAUUGACCAAGCUAGUGAGUUGCAAGAGAAGCUUGCUGCGGCGCAGAAGGAACUCCCACGUUUACGAGAGCAGCUUGAAAAGAUGGGGCAGCUGCGACGCGCGGGAAAGGUGGACGCUCCGGGGAGAUUACAGACUUCUCUUUCCAACGCAGGGACCCAUGCCGAUGUGGAGGAGUCGUCGAAUAACGUCGAGAGCCUGACCUCUGUAGACGACAUGAGUUCAAAGGAGAUGCAAAAAGGAGAAACUGCCUCCACGACAUCGCCUCUUUUUACUCGACUGGGCCAUGCGAAGCAGCACCAGCAAGAGCGGAAUCCCGCAAAAAACUGUGAUGCCGCCGAAGACAAGUCUGGGGAGGGGGAACCCUUAGGCCAAGCAGCGGGAUGUACAGCUGAGAAGAAUCCCUCCGCAGACCACGACACGGUUUCACCCUCAAGGGAGAUUGAGGAACUGUCUUCGGCGGCGCUGAUGUUACGUCGGGAGAUUGAGUCCUUGCAAGAAAAACGUCGCCUGGAAGAGGAGUUGCUUCUAAAAAAGAUGGAGGAGGCACUUGGCACGCUGCUCAAGAUCGAAGAUACGAUGAAGAGUGUCUCGCAGCGUGAGGCAAAGGAAGCGGAACGAAAGAAGCUGGAGAUGCAGAAAAGGGAAGAAGCAGAGAAGCAGAUGCGGCGCGAGCAGGCGGAAGCACGUGCCCGAGCAUUGGAGGAGGAGCUGCUGCGCAAGCAUGAGGAGCGGGUAAAAGUCCUCGGUAAACAGCGCGAGGAGGCGCGUCAGGCGCAGCGCGAGGCCGAGCUCGCUCUGGAACGGCAAAAGCAGGCGGAGCAAGCUGCGGUUGAGGCGGAGGCAGAGCUGGAGCGGACGCUUGAGGAGGCCAAAUCAAAGAUAUGGAAGAAAGGGGCGGAGGAGGAGCCGACGUGCGGUGGCGCACAGACGCCGCCGGCAAGGAUGGCAGGACCACCAACCAUCCAUGAAAAGUCCUCGCCAGAGUGUGCACCAGCAAGCGCGGUGGUGCCGACCACCACCACCACCACCACCACCAGCAACAACACCAGCUGCAAUGGUAAUAUCAACGCCUCCACUGAGCCAACAUGCACGCCAGAGCAGUACGACGGCCUCUGCCUUGGUGCGGAACGGCUGCGCAAGGAGAUUACUGAGCUUGAGCGCCAGAUGGAAAGCGGGGGAGACGAGGAUGACAUGACGUUGAUGGCAGUUUUGGCAUCUUCGCGGUCGGAUUUGGAAGAACUGGAGGAUUUUAUCCGUGUGGUGCGUCGCAGAGAAGCUUGGGCCGCGGAGCGUGACAGCAUACGCAAGGAGGAACGGGAACGUCAGGCAAGAGAGCGCGGGAAGCAUUCAAACGACUUGCAAGAGAAGAUUGGCGCCAUUCGGUUUCAGAUUGGCCUCAUGGAAAAAAGGUUGCAACAUGCGACGGAGCGGAACAUAAUCACCAAACUUGAACAGGGGAUCAUUAACAGCAGACGCGAGAUCAGCCAGCUGCGGAUCGAGCAGGAUCGACUGCGGCGAUCGGGUCACCACGCGGACGCGGGAGGCAUUUGUGUUCCACCAUCCAUCAGUAUUGCAGAGGCGUUGGCGCAGGAAGAGGCCAAGGAUGCGGAGGCGGGUUCAGAUGCAUCCGCGCUCGCUGCGGAGGAGUUUGAUGCCGCCAACGCCAAAGGCGCCGCUGACGUGUACGUGGCAGGGGUUGAAGAUGAGGAGGAAGCGAACGAGUCGGAUCAACUCGAGUCCGUCAAUGAUGCUGACGAGGCGGUGGCGGGGGAGGAAUACGAUACAAACGCCGCCGCCGCCGCCGAUGAGCCUCUUAGCAGCCCAGUUGAGACGCUGGAGGACGGCCAGAAGGAGUUGCAGCGCUUGACGGGACGAAUGGAGGGCAUCUUGGAGGAUAUCAAACACCUUGAAGAAAACAUUGCCUCGCAGGAGGACGGCGUUGAUGCCGAGGUGACGGCUGCAUCACUUGCGGAGCUGCAAAAGAAGCUUCAGCAACUCCUGGAGAUGCGGGACGCGAUUAAAAACCGCACGGAGCAGCUGGCUUUGGAAGACUCUGCGCCUACAGGUGUAACCGCCUCUCGGCUUCCCGCGGCGUCGGCGACCGCAACAACACCAAGGGUGAAGACGACAGCGACAGCAGCUUCCCGACGGCCCAAAGUUCUCGCACCGCUCUCCAACCGGCCCGUUUCGAGUCACGCAAGCCGUGCGGAGGCGGAGGUGCUUCGCUUCGAGCGCCUCCCCAGGGAGGCCCAACAGCACGCCUCCCAGCGUGGCGCCGCGGUCGGGCGUAAGGUGCGGAAGGUUGCCAAGGCAAAGAAGGCCCGACGAUAG